AUGGCCGACGCCAAGCUCUACGUCGAAGCCUCUGAGGCGCGUAAGUUCGUCGAAGCUGUACUAGCAGGGAACGGCGUUCCUGAGGCCAAUGCUGCCGUCGUAGCCAAGUGCCUUGUUGCUGCGGAUCUGCGGGGCGUCGAUACACACGGGAUCAACCGCAUCCCGUCGUAUAUGGCGCGAGUGCGUGACGGCAUCCUCGACGCCACUGCGUCACCAGAGCUGACUAAGAUAACGCCUGUGGUCGGACAAGUCAACGCAAAAAAUGCCUUCGGCUUCUUGGCUGCUGCAAUUGGGAUGGAUGCCGCUUGCGGUAUGGCGCGCGAAUUUGGCAUUGGUAUGGUCAGCAUCAAGCAUUCGAACCAUUACGGUAUGGCUGCUUGGGUCGUUAAGAAGGCAAUUGACGCCGGUAUGAUGAGCCUUGUGUUUACCAACUCGAGCCCGGCCCUGCCUCCUUUUGGUGGUAAGAGUAAGUUGAUCGGAGUUUCUCCGAUAGCUUGUGGUGCUCCUGGCGGCAAAGAAAAACCAUUUAUUUUGGACAUGGCGCCAUCCGUUGCGGCAAGAGGAAAGAUCUAUAAGGCAAAGAGGAGGGGAGAGAAAAUUCCAUUAGAUUGGGCCCUAGAUGCUGAAGGUAAACCGACGGAUGAUCCGGCUGCAGCGCUUGAAGGUGUCAUGUUGCCAAUGGGAGGGCCGAAAGGUUCUGGUCUAUCCAUUAUGAUGGAUGUGUUUUCAGGUGUCUUAUCGGGAUCGGCAUUUGCCGGUGGAGUUACAGGUCCGUAUGAUACAAGUAGACCAUCGGAUGUCGGACAUUUCCUCGUAGCCAUUAAGCCUGACCUUUUCAUGAGUCUUAAUGACUUCCGAGAGAGAAUGGACUUUCUCUACCGACGCAUUGUUGACUCGGAAAAAGCUGCUGGCGUUGAUCGGAUCUACUUCCCGGGCGAGAUUGAGCAAUUGACAGAGGAGGAAAGGGAGAAGACAGGAAUCCCUCUUGUGCAGGCCGAAAUUGACGCCCUUAAUGAGGAAGCAAAGCGUGUCGGAAAACCUCCGAUUGUUGUAAAGGGCCAGUGA